UUGGUUCAUUGCUUCCCAGUGGAAGGGGAAGUUGAGGUCAGCUUCUCUGAACCACAGGGACUGAAAGUGGAGGAGUGGUUGCCCAAAGGAAAGUCGAGAAACCAGCCAUGCAAAAAUCAGGCUCUUGUUUCCAACAGGAAGCAGAGGAAAAGCCACACUAGCAAACUGCAAGAGCUGGGAUUGCUGCUACCCAUCGCCCCGAAGACUGGUACAAAGAAGCUCACCAAGAAGGAGAUUCUGCUACACGUCCUGCACUACAUUCAGUUCCUUCAGAGGAGCAUCGAUGUGGCUGAGGCCUUGCUCAAGUUCCACACCACCAACGGGGAAGGUCGACUUGGGGCCUCAGGCCCAGCCAGGAGGAGAUACUUUACCCCCUCCAGUUCCCCCAGCACUCAGAAGGCUCAUCUUUGGGGGGCCUGCCAGAAACCUCGGAAGAAGAAGCUGAUCCGGGCAUCAGAAUGCCAGACUCGGAUCCAGAAGCCUCGCCGCUCUCUGAUCCUGGACAAGCCUGAGAAGCUGAUGGCCUCAUCCCCAAACCAGAAAGGAGGAAACAUGGGGGAGACCACCACACCUCCAAGAUGCCCUGACUCCUACGGUUGCCCCGAGGCUGCAUCAUCCUCAUCUCAAUGUGAUAGAAAAGGAGGUCUGUCCCAGCUGACAUUACUGAACAUGGCCAAGAACACUGUCCACUGUGACCCCUCAAGCUGCAGCUGUUACAGAAAUGCCCAAGAUGGUGGGCCUUAUCCUGCCUGCGAGGCCCAGGAAGGUGCUGAGAGGAUCCGUUUUCUCAAUGAGACACAGCCCUGUCCGAGGCAGAAGCUGGUGUUCUACGAUUCCAUUGAGGAGGUGAAUAAGAAGUCCCCGGAUGCUGACCCUUGGCUUCCUGCCUGGACCCUGGAGGGCAGCCCGCAUGGCAGCCCACUAGCCUUGGGGCCUCCCCAGAUUGAUGUCUGGAGUGCAACAGGCCACCCGAAUGAGAUCCUAGGGCUCAGCCCUUCCCUCUUCAGCUCCCCAAGCAAACUACUUCCAGAUCAGAUCCUGGAGGAUGACUCUGAGUAUCUGACCCAAGCUCUGUUUGAAAAAGCCUUCCUAGAUCUUGAGUCUUUGCCAUCUCCCUGCACACCUGAGGCUCUGGAGAAGAAGGACACACCCUCUGAGGCCCCCGAAGAGCCUCCCAGCUCCCACAGCCAGUCCUCAGUCUCGAUGAACCACUGCUACCUCUCACUGAGUGAGGACAGCAAAGCAUCGUCCAGCCCUAGCUCGGAGGCCAGCACUGUGGAGUCCCUGUGGAGGCAGCAGGAGGAAGUGCAGGCUGACCCUGAGGGCUUGCAGUCCUCCAGUGAUGAGGAUGGAGACUAUACGUGGACCCCCACCCGGCGGGCCUCAGCCCUGCCCACAGCUGGGAGAAAGGCCAGGAAGGUCCAAGCAGGCAGGGGCCCUGUGAAGCCCAAGGAGAACAAGAAGGCCCUCUGCCCCGCCCAGCUGAAGAAAAAGUGUGUCAAUGGCUUUAUCAUGUUCUGCAGGAUGAACCGGAAGCAAUACAUCCGAGCCUGCCCCGGGACGGCGUCCACAGCUGCCACCAAGGAGCUGGCCCAACUGUGGCGGGUGAUGACUGAGCAGGAGCGGAGACCAUACUGCAUCAAGGCUCGCAGGUUCAGCCGCCAGCACAACCGCAUCGUGAAGCAGGAGCACUCCAGCAGCGAGGACGAGGACUGGGCACCCCCCAAGCCCUUCUACCAGCUGUUGGCCGAGAAGGCCCGCUCUGCCCUGGAGGCGGCCUCGCCGCAGUGA